CCUCCAACAAGGUGGUGAAGGAGCAGUGUUUUUAUAACAAACAUUCUUGGCAUGUUAUUAGGUAGAUUUAAAACAAAAUAUGGCUUAAAUCUCUUUAUUUCUAACCACGACUAUGUUUCCGGCAACCAGAAAAUCUAAACGAAGUCUUCGACUGCUUCAGGAUCGCCUGUUAGCGGAGUAAAGAGUUUUGUUUACUCUGUUAAAUAUUUAGAUUUUGUCGUUUGAAAUCUAGUCUUUAUUACGAUAUCCCAGAACAGCAAUAGACUUAAAUCACAGGGUUUUAAAGAAUAUUACUCACAAUUUGUGAUUGUAUUUUGGCGCAACGUUAAUUGUAGCUGCCAACGACGCGAAUUAAAAAUAAAAUUUGAAAUAUAAUCAAGUAGCUUGCGUAUUAUACAAGCUGGAUUUAAUAAUGUCUAUACUGGGUGUAGGAUUUCUCUUAGAAUAGCAAAUGAAAAAAUAGUCAUUAAAAACAAAAUAUAAAUGAUAAACCUUUCUAUGGAAGUGUCUAUUGAGCAGCAUGCUCCAUAGCUAAGUCAGAUCAUAGGUCACUGCUACACAGUUCUCAACUCUGACUGGUUAAUGCAAUGGCUUGCAGAAGAAUUGUAAACUAUCUUUUAAGAGGAAGUGAGCGGUUUUCCCGCUUUCAGAAAUCCCCACAUGCAAUCACCCAAACAGUUCAUGAACAUGUCAGUCAUCGCUAUGGCAGAAUCAAAAGAGCUCUUCACACAUGUGCACCACUAAUGACGAAGCUGCUGUCAGUGGAUGAGCUUUUUGCAAGGAGGUCUCUGCAGGAGCGUCUGAAGAUAAUAGAAACUGAAUACAAUGAGUGUUUACAAGUGGUCAGUGAAAGUGUGUCAGAAGAUCAGUGCAGUGAACAUGAGAUGAGGGCCAAGAGGACUAAAGUGUCCCUGCUCGCCCCUCUCAUCCAGAGCAUUAGAGAACUGGACAAAAAACAAAUAGAGAUUGCAGAAACUGAAAUGCUUCUGAAAGACAAUGAUCCAACCCUGCGAGAACUGGCUGAGCAGGAGAGAGACGCCUGUUUGCAGGAUGUUAAAGAUCUGAGACAGAAGAUCCUGGAUCUGUUAAUCCCUGAGGAGGAGGUUGAUCUGAAUGACCUUGUUUUGGAAGUCACAGCUGGUGUUGGGGGUCAAGAGGCCAUGCUGUUCACUGCUGUGGUGUUUGACAUGUAUCAAGGCUUCGCCCAGCACCACGGCUGGUCCUUCGACGUCCUGGAACACAUGACUAGUGAUCUAGGUGGACUACGCCACGCUUCUGCCAGUAUCAGCGGCCCUCAGAGCUACAAGAAGAUGAAAUUUGAAGCAGGAGUUCAUCGAGUUCAGAGGGUUCCCAAGACUGAAAAACAGGGUCGAAUACACACCAGCACUAUGACUGUGGCUGUACUGCCCCAACCCACUGAGAUCUCUUUCACAAUAAACCCAAAGGACCUGAGGAUAGAAACUAAGAGAGCAAGUGGAGCUGGAGGUCAACAUGUCAACACAACAGACAGCGCAGUCAGAAUUGUCCAUCUUCCAACAGGGGUGGUUGCAGAGUGCCAGCAGGAGCGCUCCCAAAUAAAAAACAAAGAGAAAGCAAUGAAGGCUUUGAGAGCAAAACUGUACAGCAUGAAGCUGGAGGAAGAAACCAGCAAGCGCUACAACCAGCGCAAAAUACAGAUUGGCACCAAAGGUAGAUCAGAGAAGAUCCGGACCUACAACUUUUCCCAAGACCGUAUAACAGACCACCGCAUUGGCAUGACUGUGCAUGAUGUCAAGAGCUUCCUGCUGGGAGAGGAUCUUCUAGAUGAUAUGAACUUCUCCCUGCAGGAAUUCUCCAACCAGGAGACGCUCUUGCAUCUGCUGGAAGAGAGCAACCAGGAGGGCUCAUGAGUUUGGACCUGUAAGAGAGGAAUCAAAUCACUGUAAUAUUGGUCAUUUCUACUCUGCUGUGAAAUUUGAUGCACACUGACCAUUGUGCAUCAAACGAGGGAACAAGUACUUCUGUUAAACUGUAAGACUGGAACGUGGCCGCAGAAAUUUGCUUCCUUAUAAAGAGACUUCCGUUUCUUGAAGCCUUUAAGUUUCCAGGUAAUGAGAAAAUAUGCUGUGAAAUAACAUGCUGUAAAAACUUUUUUUGCAUCAUCUGGUUCCUUUUUAA